GAGCCUUAGAGAGAAGGACUGGCACACAGGGAAGAGGGUCAGUGCUGGCAGAGAGUCAUAGGGGACCCAGCAAAGUCAUGGAUUUCCUCCUGCAGCUGGUUCUCUGCCUUCAGCUAGUCCCCUGGACCACCACUCUAGUUGUUUCUGCUUCUACGAGACCUGAUGAGAAAUUCCCCCCUUUCUUCUACACGCCUCCUAGGCUGUCUCCAAGUAGCAGAGGGAUGGUUUCUCCUGAUCAGUCCUCCCACCCAGAAACCACAUGUAACUUUGGGUGGAACUGUUCCUGGGUUUCAUCGACCAAUGCCUCUGGAAAACCUGACUGGUUCCUGUCUUCAGUUGUUGUUCUGACUUCUCAGGAGCACCAGCAGAUUAUAGAGAACAACUCAUCAAACAGAAAACUAGAAGGGGAAAUUCUUCUCCUGAACACUAGCAGGAUCUCAGACAGGUGCAAGUUCAGCCUCCGCAGCCCACUCCUGCCUUGGAGCUCAAGUUCCUGUCUCUUGGAGUUGGCCGUGCAUUCACAAGGUGUCUCUCUAGGAGCACUCUCUGCUGAAAUGAGAUAUGUGGACACUAAUCAGAGUGUAGCCAUUCAUCUGCAAGAAAGACGUGAGCAGGAUGCCUGGGUGAAGUGGAAAGUGCUCAUCGGUUCAGUUGGAGAAAUGGAAAGGCCCUUUGAGAUCACUUUGCUGUAUUCAAGCUGUGAAGAAAAGAGUUCUGGGCUUUUGGCACUGGGCUCUUUGCAUCUCAGAAAUUGCUUUCAUGACAAAGGAGUUCCACAUAUUUCCCAAUACGAGAAGGGUUCUGCCGCCCUGUGCCCACAAGAGGGCUGUGUCAGCAAACUUCAGGUCUGUGAUUUCAGUACCAGUUGCCCCAUGGAAGAAGAAGGUGGAUCCAUCUGUGACCAUCUACCGGAAGGGGCACAUUGUUCUUUUGAGGAAGGUCCCUGUGGCUGGACAUUGGGUGGCAAUGUGAAUUUUUCAUGGUCUGUUCAUGGCUUUUCAAAGAAGCAGGAAGACCCGUUUGGAGCGUCUGCCUUACACGCUACUGGAGGUCACUUUUUGUAUCUGCGUGUAGACAGCGAGCACACAGAUGGCGUUGCCUGGGAAUAUAGUCCUAGACUCCCAGUUAGUCUUGCAAAUGGAGCCUCCCAGCUCCAGUUCUCAGCCUACGUUUUUGGCAAUUACAAUGGCACCAUCUCACUCAUUGUCCAAGAAGAAGGAGACAGAAUUGGUGACACGUUGCUGUUGUGGGAAAGAACAGGGAGCUGGAGUGAUCACUGGUAUCUUAUAACCUUGGAAAUGCCAAGACUUCAAAACUACUUUCGGUUGCAGAUCCGGGCCACUUGGGGUUGGAAUUCGCAAGCUGACAUUGCAGUCGACAAUAUUACAUUUGGUCUAGACUGUUCCUCUAAUGGGGAAGCGCCUGCUCCAGGCUGGUUGUUUACAUCCUGUGGGGCCAGUGGGCCUCGAGGGCCAACUCAAGCACAGUGUGACAGUGCCUACCGCAACACCAACAUUUCCGUGACUGUGGAGAAAGAGGGACAGCUGCGAGGGGUGCAAGUGUGGAGAGUGCCAGCAUCAAACCGCUAUACGAUUUCUGCAUACGGAGCAGCUGGAGGAAAUGGAGCCAAGAACCACUACAAGCGAUCCUAUGGGGUCUUUAUUUCAGCCAUCUUCAAAAUGGAGAAAGAUGAGCUCCUCUACAUCUUGGUGGGGCAACAAGGGGAAGAUGCCUGUCCGGGGAGCAAUUCUCAGACUGAGCAGAUCUGCCUGGGGGAAUCAUCAGAAAUUGAAGAUGAGUACAAGAAAGAAAGAGGACUGACUGAAUGGGCAGGCGGAGGGGGUGGAGGAGGAGGAGCAACGUACAUCUUUAGACAACAGAAGAAUGGCGCAUUCGAACCUUUGCUUGUAGCGGCAGGAGGUGGAGGGAAGGCUUACAUGAAAUAUCAGGAUGGCUCCCUGGAUGAUAUGUUCUUGGAACAGUAUGUGAACAGCACAGCAGUCCCUGGAGUCAGUGGGAGGACUGGGGCAGCAGGUGGAGGUGGUGGCUGGGAAGAUACCACCAAGUUUCCUUGGGCUGGGAAAUCACUUCUGGAGGGUGGAGAAGGUGGUGAGGCCUGCCAGCAAGCUCUAGAGAAACUUCAGUGGGCCACCUCUGGUGGUUUUGGUGGAGGAGGAGGAGCUUGUACAUCUGGUGGAGGAGGUGGAGGCUACAAAGGUGGCCACGCCUCUGAAGCUGAUGACAUCACAGCUGAUGGACGGCAUGGUGUUUCCUUUGUGAAUCCAGCUGGGGAAGUCUUCCUGGGUCCCUUGGCAGUUAUGGAGAGUCAUGGCGAGGUGGAGAUUGAUAUCUACGUGAAUUGCAGCCACUGCCAGUCAGGUAUCUGCAAGCAGGCUCCUGAUGCCCACCUGCCCAUCUGUAUUUGUGCAGUCGGGGCCAUCUUGGCCAGUGACAAUGUAUCAUGCACAGUUCUCCGUGAGCCUAUCCCAGAAGGACAACUGCCUCUCUCACUCCUCCUGGCUGUGAUUGCUGUGAUUGUGGUGCUUGGAAUGGCUCUCACUUGCGGCAGCCUGUCGUUUGUUUAUCAUCAUAAGAAGCAGCAGCUUGAAGGGGCCAGGGCCCGUCUCCAAAGCCCAGAAUAUAACCUGAGCAAAAUCCGCACUUCCACUAUCAUGACGGAUUACAACCCCAACUACAGCUUCGCGGGAAAGGCAGCCAGUCUCAGCGAACUCAAGGAGAUCCCACGGAAGAACAUCUCCCUUCUCCGGGCACUUGGACACGGGGCAUUUGGUGAAGUUUACAAAGGAACAGUGGUCGGAAUCACCGGGGAUCCCAGCCCACUACAAGUGGCUAUCAAGACGUUGCCAGAAAUCUGUUCUGAACAGGACGAGAUGGAUUUCCUAAUGGAAGCACUGAUAAUCAGCAAGUUCAGUCACCAGAAUAUUGUGCAGUGUAUUGGGGUGAGCCUGCAGACCUUGCCUCGCUUCAUCCUGUUGGAGCUUAUGACUGGUGGAGAUAUGAAGAGCUUCCUUCGGCAGAACCGGCCUCGGGUGAAUCAGCCAUCCACUUUGGCAAUGCAGGACCUGCUGAAUAUAGCCAGGGACAUUGCUUGUGGUUGCAAGUAUCUGGAGGAGAACCACUUCAUCCAUAGGGAUAUCGCUGCAAGAAACUGCCUUCUGACUUGCACUGGGCCAGGGCGAGUAGCUAAAAUUGGCGACUUCGGAAUGGCCCGGGAUAUCUACAGGGCAAGCUACUACCGCAAAGGAGGGAGAGCCAUGCUCCCAGUCAAGUGGAUGCCUCCAGAGGCUUUCCUGGAAGGAAUAUUCACCUCCAAGACUGACACCUGGUCCUUUGGAGUUCUGCUUUGGGAGAUCUUCUCCCUGGGCUAUAUGCCUUACCCUUGCAAAACCAACCAAGAAGUGCUGGAGUUUGUCACCAGUGGGGGGAGAAUGGAUCCACCCAAGAACUGCCCAGGGCCGGUUUACCGGAUCAUGACGCAGUGUUGGCAGCAUAGUCCCGAGUACCGACCCAACUUCUCCACCAUUCUGGAAAGGAUCAAGUACUGCACACAGGACCCUGAUGUGAUCAAUACAGAGCUGCCCAUUGAAUGCAGCCCAACACCAGAGGAUGAAGGAAGCACUACGUUGCAUCCAAACAGUUCCACAGGGAAGGUUCCUUUGCUGGGGAAUUCUCCCCUUACCCCGCAGACGAACUUCAUAACAUUGGAAGACCAUGAUUCAGGGAACAAAUAUGGGCAGUGUCCACAGGAGCUGCUGGUGGAGAACCUUGGUAACUGGAUAGCCAGAGGAGCUAGCACGCCUUCCUCCAGUGAUUCCAGCAAUGGGACCCAGAUCCAGAAACUGGAGUCUGCCAGCCAGCCAGCGUACAAGCUGAAGAAUAAAACCAAAAAUCUUUGGAACCCAACUUACGGAUCCUGGGUCCUGGAGGGUGUUUGCCAACCCAGCUCCAAACUCAACACAACGCAAGAGCGGGAAGAUUCGGGGUUUGAUGGGAACUGCAGUUCCUCCCCUAGUUCUCGGGCAUCACCUUCAUGUCCGAGCCAGAACCACUCUCCUCACAUCGAUAUUGGAGGGAUUGAACUGGUGAAGCUGCAGAAUUUCCCAUGUGGCAAUGUGAACUACGCUUACGAUGAUCUCUGCUGCGAAACAGGCAGGUCUUUGCCUCUGGCAGUGGAGCCAACCACAGUUUUGAGGAGUGCCAGCCUGCACAGAGACGGCAAGCUUUCCUUUAAGCCAGAAAAAACCUCAAGAGAGAGAGACUCUGGUCUCUCCUUAUCUGAUGACCUGAGUGUUACGCCUGUAUAACAUGGAACACUUUUUCAAAGAGUUGGGCCUCCACUCUGGGGCCGUGUCUGCAAGAACAAUAAAAAAUGUUCUCCACCCCCUACCCCGGUCUUCCUCCCUCCCUGUUCUAGGAACAGAUGAAUUAAUGUUGUCUUGCUCUGGCCUCCAGCACAUGCCCAAUGAGUACUUGAGGCUGGUUGACUCCAAGCUACUGGUGUCAAUGGUGGCGGCUGCAGGAUGCAAUGAAGUUACUGUUGCAAUGAAUGGUUCAGGGUCCAGUGGUCCACGGAGGUGUUCACAUUCACCCAAUCACCUCCUUGAAAAAUGGUCUCUUCCCUCAUAUGAACUAGGUAGGUUCAUAUGGCAGAACCGUGAGCAACCUAUGGUGGUGGUCUGCAAAAUGUGGUUUCCAGCUGACUCACCACUCACAACCAAGCAGGAAAUAAAAUCAGCUGGGUUUGCCUUGGACUCAGUAGCUGAAAACAUGUAGUAAGUAUAACAAAGACAGAGAGGAGUCUACGCAAGGAAACAGAGCCAAAGUUAAGAAGGGAGCAGAUCACAAUUGCAUUCUUCGGGAAGAGCAUCAAAAACUGAGAAAACUAAAGAAACAAGUGGUUGAGACCAUAUUUUUUUCAUUACUGAAAGAAGUUGCUUUGCACCACAGAAACUAACUAGUUUGGUUAUUGAUGCCUGACCUGUGGAGUCUCAGGAGUUAGCCUGCUUUGUCUGCAAUGAACUGGACGUUUCCUUUUAAUGGACUUCGUUUACGCAGAACUCUGCUCAACGGUAGCAAUUCACACUCCAGUAGGAAUACUUUUUUGUAAGCUGGAAAUUUAGAGUUCGAUUUUUAUAAAUGUAUAUAAUAUUCAAAGUUCUUCUAUGGUGAAAUGUGACAAAGGCUGUUAGCUUGAAGUAAGGCCAACAAGAAGUAUUUUAAUUCUGAAGGGGAAUCCUGACUUAAUAGGUAAAAUGCUGGUGUUUGUUUGGGUCAUAUAUACAAAAUAGCUUCUAGAGGUAGGUAUAUAGACUCAGCAUUGGUGAGGUAAACUGAGGAGAGGUGAGUUGGAAACCAUGUUGGUCUACUGCAGGAUAUAAUGAGAGCUGCUGAAUUAGAAAGGCCCGCUAUUGCACAAGUUAAUUCAGGGACACAUAAACCCUUUUACACAAGAAAGCAUCCAACAUAAGUGUCAUUCAGAGCUCUCAUUGGCUUCAGAGUGUUGUGAAUGCUUGUGCAUCUCACACAUUUGAAAUGCAGGUAGUGUUUUGCCCAAUGUAAAAUAUCCUUCAAAGAGAGAUGUUUGAGACAUGUCUAGGGAACUACGUCCUCUGAAAGGCAGUUGCCCAUGUCCUCUCAUUGACUUAAUCUAUACUACCUUUAGGUCUUUCAUAGAAAUCAGCUCACCCAAAACAUGUACACAAAACUGGCCACAGAAUGCACGAGAAGACCCAUUUUCAGUGCAUGUGCUCAAUUUCUGCUGCGACAGAUGACUAGGCCAACUGGCAGGGAAGUGGGAAAGUCGAGAGCUGAAAAAGUUUUCCAUGUCACACCAGCAAAAUAGUAAUGAUAAUGAUAAUAAGUUGUUUGGUACAGGCUUUUUCUGUAGAUAUAAAUAGUCUUAUCAUUCACUUGUUUAUUUAGUGUCAGCAGGUGGUAUAUAGAAUGAUCACUUUCUUCAAUCCUUUUCUGCUACCUCUUCCAAACAUCAUUUAGUAUAGACCAUUUGAAAAAUGAACUUGUAUUGAAAGAAAUCACAUUCAUGAAGAAAAUAUGCAUUUCCACACUUUAAUUACCAAAUGAAAACUGUGUACAGCAGAGCUUUCCAAACUUUUCAUGUUGGUGACACACCUUUUUAGACAUGCAUCAAUUUGUAAUCGUGACACAGUAAUUCAGUUUUACUAACGAACAGGAGGUUAAACUAACUGCUUUACAGCUCCUGGAGGAGCACAGGGAGCAUUUGUGUGACACACCUACACACUGCAGCUAACAGUUUGGAAAGCUCUAGGAGAUGGGAAGUCAUUAAUGACUUCUCAAGUACAGGUCACAGAAAGACAAAAUCCUUGCUACUACACAAUGCCUUUUCUCCUGACCUUAACCUAACCUGCAGCAAAAAGCCAUGACAUUUCUGCAAAUCAGCCCAGGGAACAUGGUCCACAAAAGGGCCCCUAAUUGCCUUGUCUGUUAUCCUGCUUAUCAGAGCUGACUGUGUGCCUCUUUGACCUUUUCCCUCACAAAAAUAGCAUCCCUGUUAAUCCAAACUCUGUGAACAUUUUGUGUAUAAUUUUAAGCACACUUAGAGGAAACAAGGGCCACUGAAAUCAAUAGGACUUAACUUCAGAACUUUUAGUCUCUUAUUACGAUGAUGUGAUAGUUUUUCAGACCAAGGGGCGGGGGAACAGCUUUGCUGUACCUAUUUUGUGCGAAGCUUUCCAAAACUACAAAAGGCAGAUUCUUCAUGUUUGGCUCAGCUUUUUUUCCUUUGGGUGGUUCUCAAACAUUGCAUUAUGCUAAGGUCGUUUCACCUAUUUACUUCCUUAUAAUUUGAUAGGUAAUAUAAAUCAUAUGUAUAUUUGCAUGCCGUUUUAAUCAUAGAUGUCAUGAUCUUGCACCAUCCUCGUUGACACAAAUGGGCACAUUUCCAUGGGACUCUUAGAAUUGAAUCAGACCCAAAUACAUCCGUCAACAAAAAAGAUUUCAGUCACAUGACAGCAGGUGGCACGUGUGAUUGAGCGAGCGAGAGAACAAACUGAUGGUACAAAAGUAGAGAGCACUCUCAAAGCCUAGCUUUACAGUUCUUUUCUCCUUAGUUUAACUCAAUUAUUUUCCAAGAAUUCCUUUAGUACUGUUCUUUUGGGAAAAUAGCUCACGUGGUUUCCAUGUUAUAUCUGUGUGAUACAAGUAUAUAGACUUUGUAUUGGCACCGUUUGCUAGAGGAGGGACUUUAUAACGAAGAUACCAACAACAAAAUGAAUUAAAAUUGUUAGUGCCUCCCCAGGUAAAGGUAAAGGGACCCGCGACCAUUAGGUCCAGUCAUGGCCGACUCUGGGGUUGUGGCGCUCAUCUCGCUUUAAUGGCCGAGGGAGCUGGCGUACAGCUUACGGGUCAUGUGGCCAGCAUGACUGAGCCGCUUCUGGCGAGAGCAGUGCAUGGAAACGCCAUUUACCUUCCUGCCGGAGUGGUACCUAUUUAUCUACUUGCACUUUGACGUGCUUUCAAACUGCUAGGUGGGCAGGAGCAGGGACCGAGCAACGGGAGCUCACCCCGUCAAACUGCCGACCUUCUGAUUGGCAAGUCCUAGGCUCUGUGGUUUAACCCACAAGCGCCACCCGCGUCCCCAACCCAACCCCAAAAUGCAAUUCCUGUGAGGUAUGCCUGGUUGCAUCUUGAUUCAUCCCAAGCAGGUCACUUCCUUUUCUACUAAUUUCCCCUCGACUUGUGCUAUUCUCUCUUGCUCCGUUCUGCCUCUUGCUAGGCUGAAAAACCCAGCUUUCCUUUAAAUUGGGCAGUGAUCGAUCCCAUUUCCUCCCUUGCCUUUUCCACACUGGCACAAACAAUCCAAACAGAGUUUUCUAUGAUGGCGCUAAGAGAGCUUUGAUACUCUUCACGCUUUUAUACUUACACAAAUUGCUUUUGAUUUGCGAUUACCUCAAAGAAUGGCAGCACACACAGCUUGCCAUCUUGCCCUUUGGGGGUCACUGUAAAUAUGUAAACCACAUGCCUGCUUCUAUGCAAUUUGAAAUCAGAUAAAAGCGUAUACUUCUAUAUUUGCAACACAUAAAUAAAGACAUCCUAACACA